AUGAAUUUCAACGGAAACACAGUAACCACCUCUUUACCACAACGAAAUUCUGUUAGUCAACAACCUGAACACUUGCCUGAUUUAUCAGAAACAAUAGACUCGAUGACUGCUUUUCAGCGCGACUGGGAAUAUGCCGAACAGCUCCAGUUUAUGGAAGCGAUUGAAGCUAGUAAAGCUGAAGCCGCUAGAAUUGGAAUAUUCGACUUUUUUGACCAAGACAAAGGAAAAGGCAAAAAUACCUCCACAUUAUCAGAUCAACAAACUUCCAACUAUCAAACAACAUAUACUUCUCAGAGAAGUGGCAUGAAUUUAAGAAAUCACCAAUGUCAUACUUGCUUUGAAUACUUUUCUACUUUCGCGUUCUCGGAGAAUCUUGAUGAUAUGGCAUCGAGCAGCACAGACUCUAUCUAUGGUGUUGUGCUAAAUUGCGCUCACGGGUAUUGUCUGCAAUGCAUGGCCAACUUUUUAAACUCUCGUCUUUCGGAACAAGAUGUGGAAUUUCCUAUUAGAUGUCCUUUCAAUUGUGAUACUGAAAUCUCUGAGAAAAUAGCGGAUAAAGCAUUAGGUAAAGAUGGGAUGGAUUUAUGGAAUCAAAAAUUUGCAGAAUCUUUGAUGGAAAAUAAGGUGUAUUGUCCCAAUGGAAAAUGCAGUGUUCCCAUUGAUUGGGAAGUCAGACCUGGUGAAAAGGAUGUUUCUAUCCAUUGUCCAAUGUGUCGUAUUACUUUUUGUCCAACAUGUCAGUAUAAUUUAUUCGAUACUGACUUGGGUUGGGAAAAAACUCGCUUAUAUGAGAAUUUUCUUCAUGACGAAAGAUAUACUUGCGAACAAUAUCAAGCACUACCUAUCGAUGAGCGUAAUCCAGAAGAUCAAGCUAUUCUUCUAAUGGCAGAAAACAAAAAUUGGAGGCGUUGUCCUAGCUGCCGAACCAUCGUCGAACUAUAUACCGGAUGUAAUCAUAUCACAUGCAGAUGUAAGACAGAAUUUUGCUAUAAAUGUGGUGACCUAUGGGAUAAAUUUACUGAAAGAUGCCGGAGAAGAACAUGUGAUUUAUGGGAUGAGCAGAUGCUACUGGAGGAGCGAAAUCGUCGUCAAAUUCAGGUGAAUCUUCAGAAUAAUCCGCAGCCUGCACCCGUCAAUCAAGGAAUUAAUAUUCGCCGGCAUAGAUUUCACAUUCGUCAGCCUGUCGUUGCCAAUCAAGCAAAUAAUAUUCAUCAGCCUGAGAUCAACGUUCGUCAGCCUGUCAUUGCCAAUCAAGCGAAUGAUGUUCAUCAGCCUUUCAUUGCCAAUCAAGCAAAUGAUGUUCGUCAGCCUUUCAUUGCCAAUCAAGCAAAUGAUGUUCGUCAGCCCGCGAUUCAGGUUCGUCAACCCGUCUUUACCAAUCAGGCGAAUAAUAUUCGCCGGCAUACGAUUAAUAUUCGUCAGCCUGUCUCUGCUGAUCGGGCAAACGCUCAUCAACCUGCGAUUCACGUUCGUCAGCCUGUCUUUAGUAACCAAGCAAAUAAUACUCGUCAGCCUGCGAUUCACGUUCGUCAGCCUGUCUUUGCCAACCGGGCAAACGUUCGUCAGCCGGCCACCAAUCGGGCAAAUGUUCCCCCAUUCGUUAAUCAGACAAAUGUUCGUCCAACAUACCCACGGCCUGUAAUUACUAAUCAGGCACAUGUAAAUCUAAAAAAUCUUACUGCCAGAUUCGAUGUAAAGAAACAAGAUAAUGUAAUUCCCCGUAAUUACAAUCUCAACCUUAUUGAUCUUUAUGAAAAAUCUCGCGAAAGAAGUAUUAAGUUAAAUCCUUGGUGCAAAACUAUGAUCAGAAGUCUUAACUGUGGAUACUGUAAUCGCAAUUUUAAGAAAAGCGAAGAUCUUGAACGUCAUCUGAAUACUACGAAACAACACGAAGUAUAUUUUUGCUGUGGAAAGCAAGCAAACAACGCCGAUUGGCAACAACACUCUCAUCAGCUAAGCGAAAAAUUUAGAUUGUACAUGGCUGGAUCCAUAGUCGGUAGUUACGCCAAAACGAUUUUCAAUCCGUGGAUUAUUCCACGUCAAGACUCGAUGGCAUCUUCAAGCACGGACGAAAAAAGUAAACGUCUACCACUUGACAUGUCAUCAUCUUCGUCAACGUCUUUAUCUUUACCUACACAUAAUGCUUCGCAACUAUCUAAAAAGACAUCGAAUUCACACCUCGCAUCUUCUCGACGUCAGAAUUCUCGACAUAAACAACUAGGAGAAAUACCAUAUGGCAAUACUUUACCUUUGGUUGACGAUGGUCCUUCGUCAUCAUCGUCUGCGUCAUUACCAUCCUCAUCUGGUAGUGGUAAUCAUAGUUCAUCAGAUGAAAAUAGUCCAAUACCGAUUGAGAGAGAAGAAUCCAAAUCAACAUUUACAAUAGAUGUGUCUGAACCAUUGCAAGCUCGAAACGAAGAACGAAUAAAUGUUGUGUCUCGUCAAAAGAUCGAAAGUAAAAGUGUCUUGCACAAUCAAUCAUCCGAUUAUGAGAUUGAAGAGAAAUUUAAUUUUGAUCCACACUUGCAUAGUCAGGUAGGGAAGAAUAACUCUGAAUUCGACGAAAAAUCACCCACUUUGCAAUCAAACAACAAUCCUCCUUUGCAUGGUCAAUCGAAUAGUUCUUUGAUUGAUUUCGCAAAUCCAUUGAAUCCCCACCAGCAGCAGAUAGAAACAAAUCACUUUACUUUACAUAAUCAGGAAAGUGACGCUGAAGUCGAAAGUAUUAUCUCUGAUGAUCAUUCCGAACUUAGUCUCCAUAGUUUAGGAGGAGGAACUAUUCCUAGUAAGACAAAUGAGCAAAAAAGUGUACUUGAUUCUAGUCCAGAUGGACGUACUGGUAAACCAGGUAAUCGCAGACGACGGAGAAGAACAAGAGACAAAUCAGGCGGAUAUCAAUCGAAGCAUCAAAAUGGUUCACCUCAUCCAGUUGAUUCUCAGAGAAUUAAUCAACAACAAAUUGAACCUUCAAAUUAUAAUUCCCAUAAUUCUAAUGGUCCUUCGAUACCACAACCUCCAAUCAAGGCACCAUCACCGGAGAUCAGCAAAAAAAUUCUAAAUUAUCAAAGACCAGAUCCUCAUUGGCGACCAAAUGUACCCGCUGCAUCUCACCCUUCACUAUCUCGUAAUAAAUCCAUCUCGAAUCCAUCUUUGAAUUCUACAACUCGAUUCUCCACUUAUGCGGAUGUUACUGCUAUUAAUCAUAACAAGUCUGCUUCUAUUCAUACUGAAUACGCACCUUCAUCAUUAUUGACGACUACAAACAAUAUCAUGAGUCCCGCUCCUACAGCUUCAAUGUCGAAUGGUGAUCGAGAAAAUAAUAAUCAAUGGUACUCACCUUUCUCGUCUGGUUUUACUAUCCAACUAACACCACCCGCAUCGCCUCGAACUAGCCAUAGUCAUUUACCUUCUGAAAACAUGACUUCAAAUACAACUUUUUCCUUUUUUUCAGCCUUGCCCAGUUUGCCCACAUCUCAAACCCAAUAUAAAGCCACUAUGAGAUUGCCUCCUCCAAUAGGCUCUUCCUCUUCUGUAUCCAAUUCCUUUGCUUUCCCAUCUACGCCCUCUUCUCCUUCAUAUUUACCACCAGAAUUACUAUCAUCAUUUCCUAAUUUAUCUUCUAGUAAUAUAAACACUCACAAUUCUCUACCCAUAUCACCUUCAAGCGCAUCUUUCGCGUUAUUUGGUCGGAAAAUUCCACUUUCUGAUCAGGAAAAGGGUGAACUUUCUGAUGACGAGUAUAAUUCCAAGUUGAGUGCUACACCAGGAAGGAUGACCGUUGGCAAGGAGAGAUCGGGAAGUCGAGAUGAUCGACAACAAAGUGAGCGUCCCCAACGCACAACUUCACAAUAUUCAUUUUUUGAAAAACAAGCAUCUUUUGCGAGUCCCCGAAAUCUUGAAUGA